AUGUUCAACUUGAAUGGCAAACGUACACGCGACGAGCAAGACGAUGAGACAGCAUCUGCUCAUGAGCAAAAGAGGAUACAUACUCUCCCUCUACCAUUUCGGACCUCUCCAACCAUAAAACACUGUCGCCCAUUCUCCCAAUUGAAACGCAAUGCUCCAAACCCAUUAUUUACACAAACCAUCACACCUACCGACUCAGAGGAUGAGAUAUCGCCUCAAGCCGCCCCCGUUCCUUGCCUCGAACCAAUGCGACCUCAGCAGUCGAGUAUCAAGAUUGAACACCAUGCAACCUAUAUGAUAGAUGAAGAAAUGGAUCUAGGUAGCCCGAAACACAAACAAAGCUAUCAACAGCUGGACAUGGACACAAUGAUGCUCUCACCAAAUCCAUCUCCAUGUUCGAUGUUACCUUCACAGAUUUCGAGAUUAGGCACUUCAGAAUCAGGCAGUGGAGGGAGAUUACCCACCCCCAUUUAUGGCCAUUUUCGCCAAAGCACAGAUGCCAGAGUGAAUGACAGUCCUCAACAAGCACCAUCUCAAUCAUCGCCGGAUGAAGAGUAUGAAAAGCAUAUGCGCAACCGCAGGCUUCCAACUCCGAUUAGCGAAGAUGAGGCAAUGGACACAUUCGACGACUCUAGCGAUAUGACGAUUGCACCUUCAACCGAGGAAGGCCAAACGUCACUCCGAAAUGAACAACGGCCAACCUGGGCGCCCGCGAAGAAAGGCAAGCCGAUGUUUUCCAUGGGCUUUCGAGCAGGCUGCGAAAUGUGUAAAAAUCGAGUACCUGGGCAUUACAACCACAUCUUUCGAUGA